CAAAGCCGCCUUAGCAUAUAUCGUUCUCCUUUUCCUCCUCCCACCUCGCCUCGCUCCUCGACUCGCUCUAGUCACCCUUUCCCUCCCUCUUAGUACUUCUUAACACGCUAGUUGUUAAAUGUCUUGCGAAAUUCCGAGCAAGAUACAUACAAAUGCGAUAUUACCAGACAAACUAGAGUAUCUCGGUGCUGGAAAAUCUGCGGUGGUAUAUGGAAUCGAUUCUGAAAGGGUUUUGAAGGAGUUUCACGAUAGCGAAGGGAGUGGGACUGAGCGCAGAGUGUAUCAGCGGCUUGGCUCACAUCCAAAUAUUGCAAAGCUGCUAGAUACUUGGGCAGAUGGUUCUAUUAUCCUCGAGCGAGGCACACCGCUUCGAAAGAUCUGUCGAGCUUCUUCGUCGAACAAGAUACCGGUUCUGACGAAAGUUCGCUGGCUGAGACACGCAGCUGAAGGCUAUCGAUAUCUACACGCUUGCAAUAUUAUUCAUAGUGAUGUUGGAUGUAACAAUCUGAUUCUUAUGGAGGGAGAUCUGGUCAAAUUAAUUGACUUCGAAGGCUGUAGUAUCGAUGGUGGAGUUGCAGGUUCUUGCUAUGAAUGGUUCAGCUACUGCCCAUCAACACCUAGGGUGAGUCAGCGUACAGAUAUUUUUGCAUUUGGUUGUGCAGUUUAUGAAGUUAUCAUGGGGCAACCACCGUACCAUGAGCUCGAAGCAUCAGAUCAGCGAUACCUGCAGGUUGAAGAGUAUUACAGAAACCGACAGUUUCCGGAUGUUACAAACGUUCCUCUAGGUCCAUUAAUACAGAGUUGCUGGUCGGGCGAUGUUAAAUCCAUGGACGAGAUCAUUCAGCAACUAGAAGCUGUGAAAGAUUAAGAUAUUAUCAUAAGCGUCAGGGUCCACAAGUAUAUAUGAGCAGAACAGACCUAUGUCCCUCUAUCUACGGACUAUCAUCGUUACAAAGGACGAAGGUCUAAAGCGGCACAAGCCUAGCAUUAGCAGUACCUCACCCUCCAAAAAAGAAAGUCUUGGUAGGGGUUCUAUUGUUAACGUCUAGUUUCGAACAAACUAGCGAAUC